AAAAAUCUCAGAAAUAGUAGUUUUAUAAGGAAAAUAUGAAUGACUUGGAGGAGAAUGAGCGUCUACAGGGAAAUCCAGGGAUAUUGCUAACACGAAUUUAUGGACAGGCGAUGGAGCUAGACCAAGAAGAAAAGACAUUAAAAGCAAAUGAAUUUGAAAAAAUGACGAUGAAACUUUUACCGACGUUACCAGAUCUUGAAACAAUAUGUGAGACACAUUUUACAUGGCAUGUUGAGAGUUGGCAAAGCCUUGGAAGGAAAGCGUAUAGCCCAGAAUUUGCGAGUGGGAAUUUUAUUUGGAGAAUACUUGUUUUUCCUUUUGGAAAUUAUCAAAGUGAUCAAUUUUCUAUUUAUUUGGAGUGUCAGCCUUCAGAUCGGUCAGCUAGCUGGUAUUGUUGUGCUCAAUUUUGUAUUGUUAUGUGGAACAAAAAUGACCCAUCAGUAUGGACACAUCAUUAUGCUACUCAUCGAUUUAUUCCGGAAGAGUCAGAUUGGGGAUUUUCACGUUUUUAUGAUCUCCGUAAAUUAAUGAUGCGAUUUGAAGAUCGGAAUCAUUCUAUUAUUGAGAAUGACGAAACAUCAAUAACCGUAUAUCUUCGAAUUGUUAAAGAUUCGACAGGCAUUUUAUGGCAUAGUUUUAUAAAUUACAAUUCAAGAAAAGAAACAGGAUACGUUGGUCUCAAAAAUCAAGGAGCAACUUGCUAUAUGAAUUCUCUCUUACAAUCCCUUUAUUUUACAAAUUUUUUUCGGCGUGCAGUAUACAUGAUACCUACUGAAAAAGAUGAACCCAAUGAUAGUAUUGCAUUGGCACUUCAAAGACUUUUUUACCUUUUACAGACAUCUUCAGAGCCCGUGAGCACCAUUGAAUUAACUCGUUCGUUUGGAUGGGAUACAUUAGAUUCGUUUAUGCAACAUGAUAUCCAAGAAUUUAAUAGAGUUUUGCAGGAUAAUUUGGAAGGAAAAAUGAAAAAUUCUGAGGCAGAAAAUGCUCUUAGCAAACUUUUUGUAGGAAAAAUGAAAAGUUAUAUUAAAUGUGUAAAUGUUGACUAUGAAUCAUCUCGAAGUGAAGAUUUUUGGGAUAUCCAGCUUAAUGUUAAAGGAAUGAAGACUCUUAGAGAAUCAUUUCGGGAUUACAUUCAGGUUGAAACAUUAGAUGGUGAUAAUAAGUAUUUUGCAGAAGGAUAUGGACUUCAAGAUGCGAAAAAGGGUGUCAUUUUUCAGUCAUUUCCACCAGUUUUACAUUUACAAUUGAAAAGAUUUGAAUAUGAUCUUCAACGUGAUACAAUGGUUAAGAUUAAUGAUCAUCAUGAAUUUCCAUUAGAAAUAGAUCUUGAAGAGUUUUUGUCUGAUGAUGCAAAUAAAUCAAAACCACAUAUAUAUAAACUACAUGGAGUUCUUGUACACAGUGGUGAUUUACAUGGCGGGCACUAUUAUGCUUUGCUUAAACCAGAAAAAAAAGGCCAUUGGUAUAAAUUUGAUGAUGAUAGAGUAACAAAGGCAACUCUUAAAGAAGUUCUUGAUGAAAAUUUUGGAGGAGAUAUGUCACCUACAAAUAACUAUAUAAAGAACCCAUAUUCUCGCAAUUCCUCUUUAAAAAGAUAUAUGAAUGCAUAUAUGUUAGUUUAUUUCCGUGAAAAUGAACUAGACGAAAUAUUGAAACCUGUUGUAGAAUCAGAUAUACCUGAACAUCUUCGUAAAAGAUUAGAAUCGGAAAAGGCUGCUUUAGAAGCACGAAGAAAAGAACGAGAGGAAAUGCAUUUAUAUCUUUAUGUAAAAAUUGUCACAGAUGAAGAUUUUAAAGCGCAUCAAGGCUUUGAUCUUUCAAAUAUAGAAGAAAGGGACCCUCCUGUUUGCCUAUUUUCUACCCAUAAAAUUCUUAAAGAAACAUUAUUUACAAAUUUUAAAAUGCAAAUAGCUGAAAAUCAUGGGAUAGAUUCAAAAAAUAUUAAAUUUUGGGUAAUGGUAAAUCGUCAGAACAAGACUAUUAGACCAGAUACGCCUGUUCCUGAAAAUGAUCCAACAUUAACAUUGGAAAUGAUUAGAGAUAAGAUGCUUCCUCGUAAAGGGGAUUUAUUGUUAUAUAUGGAGCUAUUUUCUGCGGAUUCAUGUGAUACUUUAUUAGAAUCAUGGAAUUCUUUAGAAACACAGGGAAACAAUGCAAAAAUUCUGAUAUUUUUGAAGCAUUUUGAUAUUAAAAAGCAACUUUUGCAUGGGGUUUCACAUAUUUAUAUUAAUAAACAUGAUAAAAUUGGAACGCUUAUCUCUAUUAUUUGUUCUUUAAUGGACUGGCCUUCUACAACAUUAAUUCAGCUUUAUGAAGAAAUCAAGCCAACUAUGAUUGAAAUGAUGAAAUUAAAACAAACAUUUUAUCAAGCAGAGAUACAAGAUGGAGACAUUAUUUGUUUUCAAAAAGUUAUUUCUGAAGAAGAGAUAGAAGAAAUUCUAUCUGAUGGAGGCUAUGGAUCAGCUAUUGAAUAUUACGAUUUCUUGUUAAAUAAAAUAACACUGUCAUUUAAACCCAGAUAUCUCGACCAAGAUGUAACGGAAGAAUUUGACUUAGUAUUAAGUAGAAAAACGACAUAUGACGUGCUUUCUUUUAAAGUUGGAGAACGUUUAAAUGUUCCAUCGACACAUAUCCGCUUUACAACAAUUAAUUCUGCUACUCAAAUGCCUAAAUUUACAGUAAAAAGAGUUCCUUCUUUAACUUUACAAAAUAUUCUUCAGUCAGCAUAUUUACAGUCUCCAUUGAAUAUAUUAUUUUAUGAAGUAUUAGAAAUAAGCCUUAGUGAAUUGGAAACUAAACGAACACUGAAGAUUGGAUGGUUGCCAGAUGGUAUAACAAGAGAAGAAUUAAUAGAAGUACUUGUUCCUAAAACUGGAAUAUUAAAAGAUGUCGUUCAAGCUUUGAUACAAAAAUUAAACUUAUCUUCCGAUCUUAUAGACCGUUUUCAUAUAUUUGGGGCUCAUUUAAACAGAGUCUAUAAAGAUUUUGAUUUAUCAUAUCCCGUUGCUUCAUUACAAGAUUUUCUUCUUUUAUAUGCAGAAAUGAUACCAGAAGAUGAACUUAAUUUGGAAAAAGAUGAUCAAUAUAUAAAUGUUUAUCAUUUUCAAAAAGAACCAGCAAGAUCACAUGGGAUCCCGUUUCGAUUUAUUAUUAAACCUAAUGAAAAAUUUAAUCAAACAAAAGCAAGACUCUUAAAACGUACAGGUAUGAAAGAGAAAGACAUGGGUAAAGUCAGGUAUGCUGUAAUCCAACAAACAUCAUUUGCAAAACCUCAUUAUUUGGAAGAUGAUGAUGUUAUAUAUGACAUCUUAAGAAAUUCUGAUGAUUUACUUGGACUAGAUCAUCUGGACAAAACCGUCAGAACUGGAAGACAUGGAGAAAAGGCAAUCUUUAUCAAAGGAUAA